AAGGUAUUUCCGGUUUAACCCAUCAAAUUUCGGUUUUAACCCGCCUAAAGUCAUGCAAAUGAGGCCGUCUCCCCCGAAACCCACCCAACUGAGCGAGUCUGCGUGAGGGAGAGAAGCGGGAACAUGACGGCCCGUUGCAAGAAGAACCGGAAGAAGCGUGGGCACGUGAGUGCUGGGCACGACUGUAUCUUCCACACUUCAACUCGAGUUCAUGUCUUCUCCAACCUAGGGUUCUAACACAAAGGCCUGCACAUGAGGCUUCGCGUUAACAGCAACAACAUUGUUCGGCAAAGUUCAAAGUUCCAUGAACAAAUGUUUUCCACUCGCACCAAUUUCUUUCGUUCUUCUUCUUCCUCUCCUUGUGAUAAUCAUAGUAAUAAUUUCCCUAAACUCCCGCCUCUUCAGACCUUACUCAAAAGAGGCUUCUCCCCCACUCUGAAGUCCAUCAACCAAUUCCUUCUCUUUCUCUCACGAACCCACAGAUUCAACUCAAUCAUCCACUUCUUCUCUCAAAUGAGUUCGAACCAAAUCAAAGGCAACUCUCGCACCCACUCAAUCCUCGCGUGGGCUCUCCUCAAAUCUCACAAAUUCGAAGAAGCUGAGCAUGUCAUGGUCACCCAGGUGACUACAGCUUCUAAUUUCCCCACAACUCGCAUGUGGGAUUCUAUGAUUCAAGACCUUUGUGCUAAACAAAACGACCCAGAGAAAGCUCUGUUCGUCUUACGUUUUUGCUUGAGAUAUAGAGGCAUUCUACCUUCUUCUUUCACUUUUUGUUCAUUGAUUCAUACGUUUAGCUCUCAGGGAAACAUGGGUAAGGCAAUUGAGGUGCUGGAGUUGAUGACAGAUGAGAUAGUCAGUUACCCUUUUGGUAAUUUUGUUUGCAGUUCCGUUAUUUCUGGGUUUUGUAAGAUCGGAAAGCCAGAACUUGCGAUGGGGUUUUUUGAAAACUCCGUGAGUUCGGGAGCUUUACGGCCUAAUGAGGUGACUUACACGGCGAUUGCGGGUGCUCUUUGUAAGUUGGGUAGAGUGAAUGAGAUUUGUGAUUGGGUUUGUGGGAUGGAGAUGGAAGGGUUGGAAUUUGAUGUUGUUUUUUAUAGCUGUUGGAUUUGUGGGUUUAUAGCGGAAGGGGAUUUAAAGGAGGCGUUUAGAAAGAAAAAACAAAUGGUGGAAAGAGGAAUCAAGCCAGAUGUUAUGAGCUAUACCAUACUAAUAGAUGGCUUGUCCAAGCUUGGGGAUGUGGAAAAGGUAGUCGGUCUUUUGAAUAAGAUGAGUAAAGAUGGAAUAGAGCCCAAUUUGGUUACGUACACAUGCAUCAUUUUGGGAUUUUGCAAGAAAGGGAAAAUGAAGGAAGCGUUAGCUAUUUUCAAGAUGGCUGAAGUUUCGGGAAUUCAAGUUGAUGAAUUUAUGUUUGCAACUUUAAUUAAUGGCUUUUGCAGGAGUGGGGAUUUUGAUCAUGUCUUUCAUUUGCUCGAUGAAAUGGAGAAGAGGGGGAUUAAUCCAAGUAUCGUGACCUAUAAUACUGUGAUUAAUGGAUUGUGCAAGUUUGGGAGGACAUCUGAGGCUGAUGAGCUCUCAAAGGGCAUAGAUGGAGAUAUUAUUACUUACAGUACACUGUUACAUGGGUAUAUUGAGGAAGAGAAUACAGCGGGGACUUUGGAAACAAAGAGGAGAUUGGAAAAGGCUGGAGUCUGCAUGGAUGUUGUCAUGUGUAAUAUACUCAUCAAAGCACUAUUUAUGGUUGGGGCUUUUGAAGAUAUGUAUGUGAUCUACAAGGGAAUGCCAGAAAUGGGUUUGGCUGCAGAUUUUGUUACUUAUUGUACGAUGAUUUAUGGGUAUUGUAAAGUAGGAAGAAUCGACGAGGCACUUGAGAUAUUUGAUGAUUUUCGGAGGACGUCUAUUUCUUCAGUUGCAUGCUACAAUUGUAUUAUUAAUGGGCUCUGCAAGAAGGGUAUGGUGGAUAUGGCCACUGAAGUGUUUAUCGAACUCAAUGAGAAAGAUUUAGCUUUGGAUGUGAAUACCUAUAUGAUGCUGAUCAAAGCAAUUUUUGAAUCAAAAAGUGCGGAUGGGGUUUUAAAAUUAGUUUGCAGGUUGAAGAAUCUGAGGCCAGAAAUAUAUUGUAUAAUGUGUAAUGAUGCUAUCUUGUACUUGUGCAAGAGAGGUUUUCCUGAGACUGCAAGUCAAGUGUACAUAGCAAUGAGAAACAAAGAAUCAACUGUGACAAGCAAGUCUUAUUAUUCAAUCUUAAAAGGGCUUUUUAGUGUUGGAAAAGUGUCACUGAGUCAGCCUAUUUUGACUGCAUUUCUCAAAGAAUAUGGCCUAGCUGAGCAUAGGGUAAGCCGGAUACUAGCACACUACCUGUGUCUGAUGAAUGCCGACAGAGCGAUUCGGGUUCUUGACAGAAUCAAGGAUAAUAAUUCAGCUGUCACUUUCCCUGUUUCGGUUUUUAAGGACCUUGUAAGGAGUGGUAGAGUUUUAGAUGCAUAUAAGCUUCUUGUGGAGGCUGAAGAGUAUCAACCCCUUAUGGAUGUGGUUGAUUAUUCAAUCAUAAUUGAUGGACUAUCCAAGGGAGGGCAUGUCAAUAAGGCCUUAGAUGUUUGUGCUUUUGUUAAAAAGAAAGGGAUUACCCUAAACAUCAUCUCUUAUAAUUUAGUUAUAAACGGGCUGUGCUGCCAGGGUCACCUUGUCGAAGCAUUUAGGCUAUUUGAUUCAUUGGAGAAAAAUGGUUUAGUUCCCUCUGAAAUAACAUAUGCUACAUUGAUUGAUGCAUUAUGCCGGGAGGGGUUUCUGCUAGAUGGCAAGCAGUUGUUUGAGAGAAUGGUUCUCAAGGAUUUUAAUCCAAAUACACGUGUUUACAACUCAUUGAUCAAUGGUUAUUGCAAGUUUGGUAGAAUGGAGGAAGCCUUUAGGCUUCUGUCUGAUAUGGAGAUUAAAUGCCUGAAGCCUGAUGAAUACACUGUUAGUGCUGUUAUCAGUGGCUAUAACCAAAAGGGUGACAUGGAAGGGGCCCUCGUGUUUUUCAUGGAGUUCAAGAAGAAAGGCAUAUCUCCUGAUUUCUUGGGUUUCUUGUAUUUGAUCCGAGGUCUAUGUGCCAAAGGAAGGAUGGAAGAGGCCAGGAGCAUCUUGAGAGAAAUGCUUCAGUCCCAGUCUUCCGUGGAUCUUAUAAACAAAGUUGACACCGAGGUUGAAACAGAGUCAAUAGGAAGUUUUCUUCUUGUUUUAUGUGAGCAAGGAAGUAUCCAAGAAGCUGUUGCAGUUCUUGACCAAGUUGCUUCUGUGUUUUUCCCAGUCCGAAGAUGGUAUAAAGCUAAUGAUAAAAGAUUAGAUGCACCAUGCAAUCUUUAUGAACAGGAAAGAGUUGAUUCGGUUGCAUCAACUUCUGUAAGCUACCCUUCCAAAAGUGAUUUGGGAUAUGGUCGUUCUAACGUAGAAGAAGUAAAGAAAGCGGUGGAAAGUUAUGAUAGGUUAGGGAAAAAAUCUCAAUUUCAUAAAUUCGACUGUUACUAUUCGAUCAUAGCUUCACUCUGUUCAAGAGGGGAGCUGCAGAAGGCUGGUCGAUUAGCAAAAGAAAUGCUUUCAAAUUUGGAUACAUCCCUAUUAAUAAAACUGGAAAAGUAGUGUUUGUUUAAACAAACUCGGAGCUUCCUCUACCUUUUACACAAGACAGGAAUGAUGUGUUACUGCCUGCAGCCGCAGAUGCCCAAAAGCAAAGUUGCCCCAAGGACUACUAGUAAAUCAAGAGCAUUCUAUUUCUUGCAUAUGGCCAAGAAGGCAGCGAUCGUGUGAAAUGGUAGCAAUCCUUGAAUGACGGCCUGUUCUCUCCGAGGCUCUUGAUAUUUGUGUUUCAAGUAUCGAUCUCUUGGAGGUGCCCCAACCUUCCAAAGUUGCAACUUCAGAGCUAUGGAGGAACAGUGUAUUGCACUGCUACCGAUAUGUUAAGCAGGUGCAACCGUGGAGAGGGCCCACAUGAAAGACUCAUAGCUGUUGUAGCAUGGAUUUCCACUCUUCGUCCUGUGAAAUUUGGUGUUGCUCCUUACAAUCCUGUUCUGGGAGAAACAGGUAUUUGUUUUACUUUAUUAGCAAGCGGAAAUAUCGGUGUUCUACUUGAGUUUCUUAUUAGCUUUCUACAACUCUCUAGAGCAAACAGUGGAAGGGUAACAUUUAUAACACACUUGGCUGUCUCAAAAUUGCCACAUUUCGUACCAAGCACUUAUUAAGGCCUGGCCAUACUCGAUGUUGAUGCAAGAACAGCUUGUCCUGGUUUGAACAGCAGAUUUAUUUGUUUUUCCUCUUGCUUUGGCUGCACUCCUUGUCUUGUCUUCAGGUUUUGCAUCGCCCACCAGUAUCUGCAAUCCGUGCAACCAAUAAGGAAGAAAAUGUUGAAUUGACUUGGUGUCAGGGUAUUGCCCCCAAAUUCCAUGGUACAUGAAUUUUAGUAGAGUAAUUAUUAUGAUUUUACUUUUUGCUAAGCUAGUACAUCUUUUUAAUGUGAUGUAAGUUGAACCAUGGCCAUUCAUUCGUAUCUGGAAAAAAAGGCUUUGAAAUUGUGGACUAAUUAUUUGCCGUAUCAAAUUGGAAAAUUACGGUCCAUGUGUGGAACUUACCUGUUAUCUUUCCCGUGUAUUGUCUGUAGAUGCAAGUAGAAGGCACUAUAUGAACCUUGAAUUUACAGCUGUAGUCUUUCCAGGAGUUUUUUACUCCUUUCUUUUGUAGUCCCUUCGCACCCCUACUUCCACACCAAGAUCAAGAUUUCUUUAAGUGAUGCAUCUAUCUACCUGAUAUGUUUAUGGACCGUUCGAUACAGAAGGUUUUUAGAAGGGACAGAUUCUGGUUUUUUACUAUAUGUUUUUUGGGUGUAGAUGGGAUCAAAUUUUGGUAGUAUUGAUCGAUAGGAACAUUUGAUACAAUUGUAUACUCUUAUUGCUAUUUUUACCUUAGGGUUGAUCCAUAGUCUCUCUAGUAUUUUCCAACAAGAACUGCCCAAGUAAGGAUAUAUUUCUCUGCUUUUUCUUGUUUUGAAGUUCACUUACCAAUUUUCGAAAUGUUGUAAAUGAUUCAAGGUAUUAUGCUAUUUUAGUUUGAAAAAUUUAGGAUUCUUGUGCACGGCGCAGUUAUUGAUAAUCCAAAAUUUCUAUGUAGAAUCCCACUCCUUACCACAAUCUAAGUUGGGCCAUUUUUUGAGGUACUGAGCUACUAAAAGAACUGCAUGCACGAAUCAUGUCUGUUGAUGAUGUUGUUAAUCUAUAGUAGUGGUUUUGUCUUCUAGUAAAAUAUACAUGUCAGGGAUGUGUAGCAAAGAUGCAUGCUAAAUUUCAUGUACAAUUGCAAGUGAGUCUGUGUGUGUAUCUGAGCAUGAUUUGAGAUCUUUCUGCCAAUAGGAAUUGUGGCCAAGUGAAUCAGCUGUGGUGUGGGGUGAGGUGAGCCAGUGCAUCCUGAGCAAAGACAGACAACUAUUGAGGAAAAACAGAGGGAGCUACUGAGAGAGAGAGGCUCAAUAGGGGAAAGUUGGGUUCCUAAGCAUUUUAACGUGUCUCAUAGCAAGGAAAAUGGGUGGGAUUGCUAACCUAUUCAGAAGCGGGUCCCACCAGGGCCCAUAGUUGUGCCUCUUUGACUUUUCAGAUUUCAUCAAAUUAGUUUCAACAGAAAUGAUACAAUGCUGUGGAAGUGAUUUUUAGUGUAUUAGUGGUUUUCUUUUUCUUUUUUUCAAAUAUAAUGAGUCCUCUUCUUUGGUGGCCGAAUUAAA